AUGUCAUCCAUUCAACCGAUUGCCUAUAAUAGGUUCAAUAACAAAUUCUACAUACUCAAUAACGUUACGACCCAUAAUGCUAAAGCUUUCAUCGAUGAAGAUUCUUACCGUAAGUUCAAAGAUUUCAGAAAAUCGGAUAGAACCGUGAAAGAUCUACAAAGACAAGGUUUUGCUUUGCCGAUAUUCAAAUCUAAGCAUCAUACCGGGUUAUUUUGUGAUUAUUUAUUGGAAAUCAACAGAGCUUAUCCACCAACAUCAGGUGAGUUUUCUGAUGAUAAUUUCGUCAAUUUUUGUAAAGUAAAGGUUGUUCACAGAAGACCUUACAUAAGAUAUGAUUUUGAAAUUCCUGGACAGACAGUUAUUUUAUUUCAUCAUAAAAACUAUCCUUUUGCUGACUUUGAGUUCAAUGGAGUACGAUAUAGGUGGAUUAAGUUAUCACAUACUGAUCUAUUGAACCAUAUGGAUUACAAGUUUAUACUUUAUGAACUUCCUCGUGGGAAACUUACUUUCUUGAGUGAAUCUAAUAGAGGUACCAUUGAUAAUAAUCACCCAUUACUCGGUAAUUUCCUUGGUAGGAAAUGGUUUGGAACUAUAAAAGAUAAAGAGUUGCAACAAUUGACUACAUCCAAGAAAAUUGGUCAAUUUGAUUUGACGGACAGGAACCUUCUCGGUGUCAAAAAGGGACAAUUCGAAAUAAACCUGGAUACUUGUAUAAAAUCAAUCAAAGAUAUUCCUGAUGAUAUAAUGUUAUUCUUAUCGAUGAUUACUUUGUUCAAGUUAGAGCAAGACAUUGCAGACUCCAGAAAUAAAAAACGGAGAAACAGGAAUGCAAUGAACGCAAUGAACAAUAAUUUUAUGUAG